CGCCGCGCCGCCUAUAUAAGGAUGCACAACGCUAGGGUUUCUCCUCCGUAGCAGCCGGUUCACUUCUACAGGUAAGGAAAGGGUUCGUCCUCAUGGCGCCGCCGCAGCCGAAGUCGGGCCUCUUCGUGGGCAUCAACAAGGGCCAUGUCGUCACCAAGCGCGAGCUGCCUCCGCGCCCGUCCCACCGCAAGGGGAAAGCAACGAAGAGGGUGUCCAUGGUCAGGGGCCUGAUCAGAGAGGUUGCUGGCUUUGCUCCUUAUGAGAAGCGUAUCACUGAGCUUCUGAAGGUUGGCAAGGACAAGCGUGCUCUGAAGGUUGCCAAGAGAAAGCUUGGAACUCACAAGAGGGCAAAGAAGAAGAGAGAGGAGAUGGCUGGUGUCCUCAGGAAGAUGAGAUCGGCUGGUACGCACACAGACAAGAAGAAAUAGAGCAUUUCAAGUUUAUGAAGCUGGCGGCCAGAGAUUCUGUUCCGGUGUCUGUUUUUCCUACUUGUAGAACGUAAUAGACAUGUCAAAGUAUCUGUCAGCGAAAUAUUGUGUUGUUAGUUAUGUAUCGAACCACCUCAUGGGGAUUUUGCAACAACUUUCAAUGUAUCCAUGGUUUGUUAAUCUUUUGCUUUGGCUUUUCUUAUGGUUAUCAUUGUUUGAUUACUGCGUAUUGAAUGCUAUGGUUGCAA